CCUGUCUACCAAAACUAUACAAUCUGCACUUGAAAGGCUACUAGAUUGCAAAGGGAGGCCUAGAUAUUUCAUUGACAUCUUACACUCCCUGAAUCCGUAGCAAGAUAGAGCUAGCCUCUUCUCAUUAUCCCCAACUCCUCCAAAGAAAACCUCACUCUUAGGAUGAUUACAAUUAAGGCCUGAUAACGUGUAGAAGCUAUCUAGGAUCCUUCUAACACUUCCCAAAGAAAAUGCAUAUCCUUCCAUAAAGAUUAAAAGAUCGUCCGAAAAGCUUAGAUGUGCUAAACCAAAAGCUUUACAUUGGGGAUGAUAAGAGAGUUGUCUAUCCAAAGAAAUUUGAUCUAUGAGUGUUGAUAACACUUCCAUUGCUAGAGUAAAGAGGGAAGGGAUGAUAAUGGAGUUGUCUCCCCCUGGCUUACCCCCUUUUUAGCUGAGAAAAAACCAAAUAGAGGGUCAAAGUGCUGCAUCGUUGUCCUGUUUGUCGGGAGGAGGAGACGAUGGAACAUCUUUUCCUUCAUUGUCCGGUUGCGUAAUCUCUGUGGAUGGCUGCUGGAGUCCAGGACUGGACUGGAUCGAUAGAUUCCACUAAUUUUGUCCUUUUCCUACGUCAAUUCUUCGAGAGUUCUUCUUCGACUGAGUUGAUCUGUAAGAUUGUGGCAGUUUUGUGGCGUGUAUGCAAAGCACGAAAUUGGGUCAUUUUUUAGUUGAAACAAGUUCAGUUGGUGGAAUUGCAUUGUCAACUUAGUCAUCAGAUUCACGAAUGGCUGAGUGCUGCAGUAAGGGUGGACCAGGGAACUCGUGGGAGUCAGGAUCAGUAUGAUGUGUCGAGCAAUAUGGCUUCGCCUGAUGGGAUGUUGUGUUCGUUUGACGGUGCUUCAUGCAGAGGAUCUCAUGCGGCAAUCGGGUCAGUUGUUCGGGAUGACUUGGGAGCAGUGGUUUUGGCUAAGGGGGAGUGACUUCGAGGGAGUUAUGAACCCGCUCUGGUGGAGUCAGUAGCCUUGCGAGAAGCCUUCCAUUGGUGUGUGGCGAAAGGCCUCACUUCGGUGUUGAUUCGUGGAGAUGCUAAGGUAAUUAUCGACCAAAGUCAAUGCUGGGAGUGAUGCUGAUGCUACUGGUGGGGCCAUUCUCCGUGAGCUGCGGGCGUUGAGGCAGGAGUAUCCUGGGGUGGUGCUACAGUUCGUUGGAAGACAACAUAAUAGAGUAACCCAUUUGGUGGCACGAAAAGCUCUCAUAUUGUCUAGUGAUGUACUUGAUUUUGAUUUUUGCGCUUGGCUCCAUAUGAAGUUGUAAUUAUUUGAUCUAUUUUUCUUGGUAAUGUAAGCUAUCUUCGGUUUUUUUUUAAAAGAUUGUAUUUUAAAAUAGAUUGGUUUAUGAAAUGUUAAAAUUUUCUUUUAUAUCUUUUGUUUUUACUAUUAUAUGUUAAAAAAUUCCAGUCCCCGCGCCCAAAUUCUGUUUCCGCCUGUGCAUGCAAGGCACACGAUCAUCCCGCAGCCUGUAUCCACCUGGAUCCUUGCCACCAAUCCGAUAACGGAUUAGAUAACAGAGAAAGCAGAAGAAUCUGAAGUCUAGGGCCAACACCAACUCCUCCAACCAAUCAUAACCUUCCAACUCAGCUCCCGCCUUAUCCCCUUCCUCCUCCCUCCUCCACUACUUUCUCAUCUCUUCCACCAUAGAAUCUAAAGACAUCUUCUCCACACUCCCCUCUCCAGCCGAAAAAGCAGAGAAGAAGGUGAAGAAGAAAGCAAAGAGGGGCAAAGAAGAACAGAGGAAAUGUCUCUCACAAUCCCCACCAACCUCUCCAACCCAAUGCUGAAGCUCAACCCCAAGCUCGCCGCCGGCAGCAGCAGCAACUCCGCCUUCUUCCUCCUCCCCAAAUCAUCACCCCUCUCUCGAUCCGCUGCCGUCGUAUGCUCUGCCUCUCGAGACAACAACACAGCUGCCGCCGCCGCGUCACCUCUCCAGGCCUUCUCCGCCGCCCUGGCCCUCUCCUCGAUCCUCCUCUCCGCCGCCCCUCUCCCGGCCGCCGCCGACAUCUCCGGGCUCACCCCGUGCAAGGACUCGAAGCAGUUCGCGAAGCGGGAGAAGCAGUCCCUGAAGAAGCUGGAGUCGUCGCUGAAGCUGUACGCCCCCGACAGCGCCCCCGCACUGGCGAUCAAGGCCACCAUGGAGAAGACGAAGCGCCGGUUCGACAACUACGGCAAGCAGGGACUGCUGUGCGGCUCCGACGGCCUCCCGCACCUGAUCGUCAGCGGCGACCAGAGGCACUGGGGCGAGUUCGUGACCCCAGGGGUGCUGUUCCUCUACAUCGCCGGCUGGAUCGGGUGGGUGGGACGGAGCUACUUGAUUGCCAUCAGCGGGGAGAAGAAGCCCGCCAUGAAGGAGAUCAUCAUCGAUGUUCCCCUGGCUACUGGGUUGAUCUUCAGGGGAUUCUCUUGGCCUGUUGCUGCUUACAGAGAGUUCAUCAAUGGGGACCUCGUUGUUAAGGAUGUUUGAAUCAAUGAAUGAAAUCUGUUAAUUUGC